CCGUCCCACAAGCUCGCCCCACCGACGUCUGUUGUUCGCUCCCUGCCUCAGCAAUGAAGUCCAUCAUCCUUGUCGCUCUCGCCGCCUUCGCCUCUGGCGUCGCUGGUUUGACCAUCAACACUCCUUCUGAUGUGUCCGAGUGCAUUCCUACCCUGCUGACCUGGUCUGGUGGAACUGGUCCUUACUACCUGAGCAUCGAGCCGGGCAACGACCCCUCUGGCGCCCCUCUCCAGCAGUAUGGUCCCCUGGACGGUACCAGCUUCACCUGGCCGACGAACAUCACGAGUAGCCAGCAGGUCAGUCUGACCAUCAAGGACAGCACCGGUGCUACCAACCAGUGCGCGCCCUUCAACAUCAACGCUGGCAGCUCAAGCUGCAUCGGUGGUAGCGCCAGCGCCUCCUCGGGUGCAUCGUCCGCGUCUUCCUCGGCCUCGGGUGCCAGCACCUCUGCGGCUGCUACCACGGCUGCCUCUGGCUCCAGCGCAGCUGCCAGCUCUACCGCUCCCGCAUCCUCUGGUUCCGCGUCUGGUUCCACCAGUGCAUCUAGCACAACCUCCGCGUCUGGCGCCGCGAACACAGGUGGCGCGCUUGCCGUCGCUGCCAACUUGUUCGCUGUUGGUGCUGCCGGUGCUGCGCUGGUUGCCUUCCUCGCUUAAGCGUGCGCGCCUUGCCGUAAAAGGGCAGAUGUCCCUGUCUAUGUGUUUCCUACUCCUCGGACUCGACAGACAUACAAACGGACGAACCCUUUCUCAUAUGAUCAGCCCUCCCCGAGCUGUGAUACCGUACGCUCGCGGUUGUUUUACAUAAUUGAUCUCUCUCGCCCCGUACCCUGAUUCUGUAAUACCUGAUUGUUUGUUCUUUAGUACCAUACGUUCGUUUGCCUUGCGUACAGUCCGCGUGUUGGCCUUCGAGUCCGUUUGGGUUGUGAGACUUAUCUUGUAGCAGCCGCCUGAUACCAGACACGUCCCCCUCAUGAUCCAAUGACCCGAAUGAAACUUUUUUACUACAUGAA